AUGAGUAUUACACGUGUGGUUCGUGCCCAGGACUUUGCUGUUGCUGUGUUGUUCUAUGAGAGUAUAACGUGGCUGUCGUUGCGAUUUGCUGAGCUUGCUGUGAUAGUGUUCUAUGAGGUGGUGAUUGGUGAUCCUGAGGAGCGCUUUCGCGUGGACGUCACACACACGGGUGACUCGAUGUUCAUUCAGAGUAAAGACCUCGACCGCGAGCUGUACCCGCAUUACAACGUCAUAGUGAAGGCACACAACUGUGUCAACCGCACCGAUCGACUUGAGACUGACGUCGACUACAGCGCCACCGACCUGACGCUGCUGCUGGUGCGUGUCAACGUGCUCGACAUAAACGACCAGGCGCCAGUCUUCGUCAACACGAUCGAAGAGUAUGAGGCUGAGUUCAACAUGACGUCAGUGGUCAACUACAAGGACUACGUGUCCGGGAUCAAGGUCAACAGUCACGUGGGCUCGAUUGUGUCCGAGCAGGUCAAGGCUAUAGAUGAGGACCUCCCACCGAACAACCACACGCAGUAUUCCAUCGGGCAGUUCGUGGGAGAACUCAACUACAACUACUGGCUCGAGGAAGACAAACGCCCGCCGUUCGUCAUUGAUCCGGACACCGGUGCUAUCAAGCUCAACCACUCACCGAAACCCAACGCACAGGGCCUGUGGCGUUUCAUCGUCACGGCAACCGACCCACCGCUAGGAGAAGGCCCGCACAGCACGAACGCCACCGUAUGGCAAGGUAACUAUGACGACGAGGAGGAGCAGACGCUGGAGAAGACGCUGAAGCUGGCGCUCAUCAUCGUCUGCAUCAUCCUGCCCGUCAUCGUCAUCACGCUCAUCUGUAUCUGGUGCUCGGAGGUCAACAAGUAG